CUGUUGAGGGCCUAAUUUCCCAUGGAUGCUCAAGUUUGGCUCCGAGGGCAACCACACUUUCUCCGUCGGCCGGGCGCCAACACCAUCCUCUUCUUCCUUCCUAGGGCUGCAGCGCUAUUCCUCUCAGGUGCAUGGACGUCAAGAACCAUCAUCACCUGCAUUUCCGCAAUCAGUUUCACAUGCAGAGAUUAACUUCUGGCAGAAUGAUUCUGUUUGCCACCGCUUCUCACGAAGGAUCUCUGGUUGCAUGCCCCUCAUUUGCUUUAGAGUUUGGAAUUCGGCCACUUCUUCUGCCUCCAAUGGUUUGCUACUGCAUUCCAGUUAUGUCAAUAGCUUGCAUGCGUCUUCCUGGUUGGCUGUUGGAAAAAUUGAAGAAUGAGCUUGAGAAGCAGUUGGAAGAGUCACAAGAAGCAUGGAAGAGCACGAUAGAAUCUUACAAAGAGCAGGCUGCGAAAAUGAAAGACUUGUCAGAGGAAGCGUAUGAAUUGUAUCCUAAGAAAGCCAUGGUGCUUUUUGAAGAUGUCUCUGAGCAGGCCAAAGUACAAGCAAAGAAAGCUAGGAAAUAUAUAUCUUUGAUUGCAGAACAAGUCACCAUAGAGGAAGGGAGUAUCUUUCUUCUGCAACGGAGAACCCUCCAAAGCCAGUGUGCACGGCUGUUCAUCGGUGGAUUUCUCUCCUUCAUGCUAAUUGUAAGCAUUCCAGCAAUUAGGUUUGGCAUGAUUCUAGGAGGAUAUUCUAAGAAAGCCAUGGUGCUUUUUGAAGAUGUCUCUGAGCAGGUCAAAGUACAAGCAACGAAAGCUAAGAAAUAUAUAUCUUUGGUUGCAGAACAAGUCACCAUGGAGGGAAGGGAGUAUCUUUCUUCUGCAGCGGAGAACCCUCCAAAGCCAGUAAAGGAAAGUGGAAACUUUUACUGUGCAGUGCUGUUCAUCGGUGGAUUUCUUUCCUUCAUGCUAAUUGUAAGCAUUCCAGCAAUUAGGUUUGACAUGAUUCUAGGAGGUGCACUGUUGUAAAGGAGCAUAUUAAGCUUAAGAGGAUGGAAAGCAUGAAAAUCUUCUGCCUUAUUUUUACAGCGUCAAGCAGCGACAGAGUGGAGUUUAAUGUUUUGAGGGGGCAAGAUGUCAAGCCAAUUGGGAGAUGCUGGUGGAGGUUGUAAACAAAUGAACCUAAUUUGAGCAGUUUGAAUCCACACUUGUAGCUUGGACGAGUUGAUCAAGUUACACGGACUUCGCCAGGUUUUGGUUGUGACCAGUUCAAUCCAAAACUAUAAGUGGGUGGUUGCCUACUUGGACUGUGUUGCCAGGCCACUAGUUGGGAUUCAGGUUAGCGCAUUGCUUUGCCUCAUCACAUUUAACAACAUUGAGUCACAAGUUGGAACAAUGUGCAUCAUCUUAUUGACAGUUGCUGCAAAAGGGUACUUAAGCUUUCAUUUGAUUUUCUGAUGAAUUUGCUGGAUCUUUUUAUGCAUGAUAACUGGUUGAGGUAUGACUACAGGUCCAUGACACUCCUAUUUUGUAAAUUUUCAAUUUGCUAUUGAAGAAUUCUCUUGCAAAUUAGAUAACAGUGCUACCAACAUCUGUUGGAGCUGAAAGGAACUAAAGCAAGCAUUUUCCCAACCUUUUAUUUGUUUUUCUAUGCUAAUGAUUUGGUUUUCAGACUGUUCCUUCAAUCUUUGCCUCUACCAUAAGGAUGUUUUACAGCGACGAUUUAAGGCUAGUGGAAUGGAGCUUGUCCUAGGCACCUAAGAAUGCCCAGUAACUGGCGGUGAAUUGAAUCACUUGAUACUUGGGGAAACUGGUUAUAUCCACCACCACAGUUACGUGUUAUCGGGUUGUUGACCACCAAAGGUGAUUGAGUUGGAGUUGAGGGCCACUGAGUCGGCCAAAUGCUUGAAAGACGUAGAUGUCCCGCAAAACGAAAAGAUCGACCAUGUCUUCCACCAUUUCUAUAUGGAGGGCUGGAGGCACCCAUGCUUCCAAUAAUCUUGGUGUGAUGCUAUGAAGCGUGUUGAGAAAUACAGAAACUUGGACAAUUUCUCGAAAUUAUUUUAUUGAAGAGGUCAUGGCGAUGAUGUGGACACAUUGUUGUUGCAGCUUGUGGUAGUCAGCAUAGAAGAGAAGGAAAUGUGUGCAGGAUAGAUGUCAACAAGAAUAGUGAGGAGGAGGUGGCAGUGGAAAUUGUAUAUGAGAACCGAGUGGUGGAAGAGGAAGAACCAAAAGAUGAGAAUAAAGGAGAGCAAGUAGGGGACAAGGAAAUAGAGGGAAAAAAGUAGCGAAAGACGAAAAAAGAGAAAGAAGUGGUUGAUAGAGCCGAGGGAGGAAGAGUAGGCACAGUGAGGGAAGAAGAUAAAGGUGGUGAGAGGAAUGUAGAUAAAAUGAUAGUGAGUCAAAAGGAAAGAGAGGCUGAAAAUGAAAAUAUCUAGGAGGUACUUGUCUUAUUGAGCAAUUUGUCGUAAAGAAUGAGAGAGGAAGAAGAAACCGGCAGUGCCCAUGCAGGGAGAGAGGAAGAUGAAGUAUAGGAGGAAGAGGAAGAAGUUCAACAAGGAGGAGUUCGAAAGAGAGAGAGGGAGACGAUGAAGUUUAGUAAGAAGGAGUUCGGGAGGAAGAUGGAGUGAAGGAAGAAAUUUCAAGUACAGGAGGAACCUGAAGAAGUGGCAUCUGUCCAUGUCCCAGAGGAGCAUGAGGGAGUUGGAGAGAGACGAGAAGAGGGAGGGGCACAGACAUCACAGGAUGGAGAGACCUGAGAGUGGAGGCUGGAUGAAGAGGGAGAAGCAUGGGUGUCAGCAAAUGGCAUGGAGGGGGCCGGAGGCCAGAAGAUAUACAUUGGCCUGUUGAAAAGACAAGUGGCAGAGAAUGGUGAAACAACGAAGCAAGUUGAUGAUGGAUGGAGAUAGUGCCUCAUCAAGUUACGAACUUACCGAUAGUGUCAUCGUGCUUCCUAGCUUAUGAGAUAGUAUAAUGAUUGUGUGUGCAAUAAGAUAUUGUGUGUGAUUGAGCUGUUUGAUAGCGUGUACCAUGGUGUUUGAUAGAGCUAUGUGAUAACGUGUGCAACAGCAUGUAUGAUAGAAUUGUGCAAUUGUGUGUAUGACAAUGUGUAUGAUAAUGUAUUUUUGAUGUAAUAAAAAUGCAGACACAUUCAAUGGCGCAAUGUCCUGGUUUGAUACGAUAUGCUCACCAAUAAAUAAGACUCUGGAGCGAAUACAUUCAUCUUUGAUGGGUUCAAGAUGACUAUAACACUAAAGGACAUCGUAAGACUAAUAUGUAUAAAGCGUCGAGAAAGUGGGUGUGGGAAGCUCCAAGUAUGAUACGAGAAGUAGGUCCAGCGAGCUACUUGCUAUGUCUGGAGAUACUUUCAAUUCCCCAAAACUUGGCAGUAGUGGACAACUACGUAUAGGGCGUAGCUAUACUGGCUCAUUUAUUUAGCCAGCUACAUCGAUUGGUUCAAGACACUCAUUCUAUCGAAGGAUUUUAACCAUUGAUUGUAUAAAUAAUAUUUGUUUAAAUUAUUUUUUCUGCAUAACAUUAUGUCGCACACACUAUUGUCUUAGUGUAUGAUGUGUACUUAGAUACUUA